GUAACAAGUCUAAUGACUAGCGAGAGAACAAAAUGAGCCAGGACGACUGGACGAGCCCUAAGUACAGGGCCAGAAGAAAUUCCCCAUCAACCAGAUGCCUGGUUCGAGGGAUCGCCGCCAGGGAAGCCCAUGGCGUGGCCGCUAUCCAAUUCAAUAUUGCAAUAUCUUAAUGUCACUCCUUGCUCCAGGUUUCUUCUCCAUUGUGUAUCAUCAUUCCCUACCAAUCAAAGCCCCGGGCUGUCUUUCCUCCGUUGCAUCGCCGUUGUCCGUCCUCUUCGAGCUUGUUUCUUCUCCACCCGUGCGAUUGGAAGUGUGUUGGGCCGGAUGGCGUGGUCUCACUUCAACAUGUCAUUCCGAAACCUCCAGUUCCGAAAUGUCUAGCUCCAAUCGACCGAAGGGCAAUUCGACAUUCAUUCCUGCGGUCUCAUGGCUGGCAUAGAAGCACCUCAAAUGCAAUGCACCAUUCCUUCGUUGUAGCGCCAAUAGUAUCUCCGCGGCAUCCUCCCAAAACCGCAAUCCGGCGCUUGGAGAAGUGGGAGGCUGCAACCCGACCCAACGCUCCAUCUACUGGCCGUAGCGUUGCCGCCCGACAC